AUUACUCCGUAUAUAGGAGGGUUUCCGUGCAACGUCAUCACAGAGAUGCGUGCGCAACUAGGGGGCAGACAGCCGCUACAGCGCAGAGAUUUUAACUAAGAUAGAGCUCAGAUACGGCAGAGAUGACGCGCAGUUGUUGCGCAAUAAACUGCACAAACCGCCAAAAGGAUGGGUGGAAAAUGUUCAACAUUCCAAAGGGGUCACAUGCCUUUGCAAGGAAUCGAAGGAAAUUAUGGAUCCAGGCUAUUAAAAGGGCGGAUUGGGGUCCCGGUGGUCCGAAGGGCACUGAGAGUCUGUGCAGCGCCCACUUUGUGUCAGGAGAACCGUCCAUGGAUUAUGAUAGUCCAGAUUUUGUUCCAUCCAUUUUCCCCCAUAGCGCCGGAGACAGCACGGGAAAGGUAGCGAGACAUGAAAGGAAGAGAAGGCGGGACGAAGCUAAAGCCGCUGUUGCCAGCCCCGCAGGACAAACGUUACCUCUUGCACAUGACCACCAAGGGAUGUCUGAGGAGGCUGGUCGCCAGACACGCAGCCAGAAGAGGGCGCUGGAGAGGGAGGCUGCUCCCCCCACCGCAGAACCCUGCGCUGCUGCAAAUGAAAACAAGAAGGCUAAACUGGACCAGCCUGAGCCCACAAACAUAUCGCAAAUUACACCUAAACCUGAUCCCAGGCUGUCACAGGAUGCCCAGAGCCGGACCAGGAUUGGAUCCGAACAUGAUGGGGUGCAAGAGCCGGAACAGAGCCAUUUGCCGUUGCCUUUAGUGUUACCCCUAACCUCCCAGCCAACAAAGGAUGACCGGGAGAGCAACCCGAGGCUGCAGACGCCCGAGCCCAGCGCAGACAAUCGGACUGACCACAAUGACAAGGCCAACAGGGUGAAGGUGGAGCCAGUUGUGGAUACGAGGAUCCGGGGCCGGUCGUCCGAACCAAAGGUGUCCGGCGGUAUGCUGGCUGCUGGAGAGGUGAAGGCCACCAUCAAAGUGGAAGUCCAGACAGGAGAGCAGCCGGUAGACAUGAGCACUUCCAGAGGGAGUUUAAAACGGGAGAAGCGCCCGCCAUCGCCUGAUGAUGAUGAUGAUGACGAUGUCAUUAUAUUGUCGGAUAACGAUUCUCCCAGUCCGCCGAUGAAUGGCGUGAGCCACUUCAAGGAGCUAGACACAGAUCUGCUUAUGAAGAGCAGCCCGGAGGAGAGGGAGCACAUCAUUAAGCAGCUGAAGGAGGAGCUGAGACUAGAGGAGGCCAAGCUGGUGCUGCUGAAGAAACUCAGACAGAGCCAGAUACAAAAAGACACUCUCCAGAAGACCUCAGGCCUGUCUGGCUCUACAGCUCCUCCCCCUCUGAUUCGGGGAACUGUUGCCGGCAACAAGGCCUCCCAGCAGAUUGUGACAGGCAGGAGUUCAGGCACUGUUAUCCCUCCUCCCCUGGUGCGAGGUGGGCAGCAGGUGUCGUCCAAACAUGGCUCCCAGAUCAUCAUGCCACCUCUGGUCAGAGGGGCACAGCCCAUCUCUGUAUCUCCACAGCAGAUCCAGGCUCUCCGUCAGCAGCAGCAGCAACAGCAACACCUGGCUGUUUCUGGGGGUUCGGGCUCAGGUCCCCCGCCUCUGCUGUUGGCCCCCAGGGCCUCAGCUCCUGGGGCCCAGGGCCAGAGAGGCCUGAUCCAGCCUGGCCUCAUCAGAGUCGGAAAUGUGGGUAAUAGCAGCCUGCUGGUCAACAUCUCACAGGCCUCUUCCACCAAUUUAAAGGGCUCUCUGAUGACAUCUCAGUCAGGAAGCAGCAGUGUAUCCGCAGUGAAUGUAAAUGACACCCCAGCCAGCCGACAGGCUGCAGCAAAGCUGGCCCUGCGUAAGCAACUGGAGAAGACCCUACUUGAGAUCCCACCACCCAAACCCCCUGCCCCAGAGUUCAAUUUCCUGCCCUCAGCAGCCAACAAUGAAUUCAUCUACCUGGUGGGGUUGGAAGAAGUGGUACAAAAUUUACUGGAUACUAUUCACAGAGGAAAGACAGGUGUGGCUAUGUCCAAGCCUGUUGUCAGAGAGCCGUUUACCUGCACCCAGUGCAGCACUGACUUCACCUGCCGCUGGAGGCAAGACAAGGCUAAGGGUGGGACCAUUCUCUGUGAGGACUGUAUGUCAUCAAAUCAGAAAAAGGCUUUGAAAGCCGAGCACACCAAUAGGUUGAAGGCAGCGUUUGUCAAGGCACUGCAACAGGAGCAGGAAAUCGAGCAGCGUAUCCAGCAGCAGGCUGCGUCCCCUAUUUCCCACACCACCUCCUCUUCUUCAUCCUCCUCUACCUUCUCUUCAUCAUUGAAGGCAGAGCAGCUGGUGUCUCAGCAGCUGAAGCAGGCCCAUGCAAGAGCAUCCUCCCUCCAGCACCUUCACCAGCACAGCAGAGGACAGAACAUUGUUCACCAUCACUCCAACAUUAAGCAGCCCUCCCAGGGCCAACUGUCCCGUAGCAGUGUCUCAUCAGUGGGGGUGAGAGGAGUCCCCCACUCCUUCUCCUCUUCCUCUCAGCUUCAGAGUGCAGUGGCAGCCGCAGCCUUGGUCAACCGGCCAGGUAAGCAAUCCCAUGUUUCCCGCCCCUCUGCCCAGAGUUCACAGGUGAGGAGCAGUGGAUUCAGCGGCAGCAACAAUAUCAGCGGAGGUAGUGCCUCAGCCUCUGCAUGGAAGAAGCAGAACAACAGCAAUAAAGGAGUGACCAUGGCUUAUGUGAACCCCAGCUUGUCAGGUCACAAGACCUCUUCCAGCGUCGACCCUCGUCAGAGGGAGUAUCUUCUGGACAUGAUCCCCUCUCGCUCCAUCUCCCAGACAGCAAACACAUGGAAAUAAUGCAAACAAUUUUCAUGGUAUUUGCUAUUAUUCUAGUUUUUGUCGGGGUUCCUCAGCUCCGGUAAUAAGGUCAACAGCACCCCUCGGAGGACUGUUAAUAAAAUGCAAUUGCUUAAAGCAACAAAAAUGUUCCUUCUCUACCAUCUUGUGAUUUUUGUUUUAGUUUCUUUUUUUCGCUUUUUUUUUUUUUUUUUUUUUUUGGAAGUCUGUUUAUUUUGAGGAUCACUGUUCUUUGAUCAUUGCUCAGAAACCAUUGGAUUUGAUUUGGGUUAAAAGAAAACAUGCAUCAAGGGCAUCUCUUGUUACUCUAUUAGCCAUAACAGCUUUGAUUGAAGAAAUGAUGGCAUGAAAAUGUUGGUCCUUCAAGGUUAUGUCUACUUUGUAUUUUUCCUCACUUUGUAAGCCUUGGAAGUAAUAUAAGUGCUUGGAGUGUAUAGGCCAUCCCUUGUCACAAAGACAGCCAGCAAAUUAUUCACAAACUCACAAGUUGUGUGAGUCGUUAUGACUUGUCUGUAGUUCACAAAACUUGAAUUGUUGACUUAAUAUUCAAGAGUUCUUGUAAGAUAAAACAAAAUUCAGUUACGUUUUAAGUUAAAAACAACAGAACUUAGUUGUAAAGUUUUCAACACAUAACCCUUGUAGUUAAAAGGUUUGGAAUUUCUUUAUAUUUACUGUAAGUUAUUUGGUUACUUUGAUGUUAAAAAUCACCAUCAAUAUAUUGUGGUCUCCACACAAACUUUUUUUUUUCCAUUUGUUUGACAGAGCAUGCCUACCCUUAAUUUCUUCCCUUAGUUCAUUGUGCACCUUAGCGGAAGGAGCAUCCUUUUUUCUUUCUUCAUCUGUAGUUACCAUCUGUAUUCUGCUUAUUUUAUAUUGUCAACAAUGUAAGUUUUUUUUUGUGCUAUUUCACCGCUCAAAAACACAGACCCUGCAGGAGCUGAAUCUGACACAUUGGAACCAUAGAUCGUGCAUUGGAUUUCUUCAACCAUAAUCCUUAGAACAUAUGUGGCGAAUGCCUUCCCCUGAAUCCAUGUUUCGAGGCGAUUUCUGUGCCAUCCAGUCUGUAAACUACGCCCAAACAUCUUGUAGCUUGUGGCCCCUCACUGUGUUGCAUAACCAUUUCUGCUUCCCAAUCUUUAUUGCAUUCUACAAACUUAUGUUACAGUUUAUUUGGUUUACUUUUUUUCCUAGCUCCUA